CAACUCUACUACCUACCUUACUCAACCGCAGUUCAAGUCACGGCAGCUUACCGGGUCCGCAUUCGAAUUCAACUCGCGAAAUAUCUUAAACUCAGCACCUACGGUAGAAUUCGAGCUCUAUACCUGCCUCGCAGAGCACCCUACCACACAUGACUGCGUCUCGUCUUGCGACAUCCGCGACCAGUCGCCAGUCACCGAGAAAUCCCAUCCGAAGCUCUCUUUCCUCACGCUCCAAUCCAAGAUGCCGGGUGCAAUUAUUGCACACAGUGACCGCGUUCCCGCGGUAACUGAAUUUGCUGUCCUGCUUGACGAUCUCCUCACACAUGCCAGCCAGACCAAACCCGCCUCUAUCGACCCGGCACUCCACAAGUCUGACUUUGGGGAUCUUGAUGGGCGCAUCUCGGCCAUGUUUAGGAGCGACGCUCCUGGAGACCAAGAAAAUGGUAUAGCAGAUACUUCGCCGAAGAAGGACAAGACGCGACAGUUCGCAGUCAUCGAGACCGCCGUGCGCAGCCUAUUCGACCACUUGAUCGCUACCACUGCAAUCGAUUCUCCCGGGUUUGUACAAUUGUGGAAUUUGCUGGAUCUCGUGUCGAUUCUUUCCGACGAUGAACAUUGCGACCCCGCUCUCCUCUUCUGGUUGAUAGAAGAGAUGCUCGACAGCCAGACUAUCGCCCAGUGCCAGAAGGUCUUUGAUUAUCUCGAGUCGCGACGCGAAAGAAUAACCUCGAGUCAUUUCAAGCAGAAACACUUGGUCAUUCUCCGAAGCUGCAAUGAACUCCUUCGCCGACUUUCUCGCGCAGAGGACACGGCAUUCUGUGGCCGAGUAUUCAUAUUCAUGUUCCAGAGCUUUCCCCUCGGCGACAGAAGCUCCGUCAAUCUUCGGGGUGAAUACCACGUCGAGAAUGUCACUACAUACGACAAGUCGGAGCCGGCACCAGAGGAAACCCAGGACAAAAUGGAAAUCGACAAAGUCUCAACUUCUCAAGGGAAGGCGGUGACCUUUGAUUCCACAAAACAAGCGCCUCAAGACCAACCGAUAAAGGCAGACGUGCUCUAUCCAAUAUUCUGGUCACUACAGAAGACCUUUAGCCAGCCGAAGAAGCUGUUCGAUGCCGAGAGCCUAUCAGGGUUCAAGCGGGGCCUGGAAGCGACAAUGAAGAUGUUCAAAGCCGUGCAGGAUGAACAGGAGGCGAGCCCCCCCAAAGGCUCCGGCGAGAGCAGUGCGAGCUUUAAGAGGAAACGCGAGCCUGAUGCGGAAUCAGACUUGGCCAGCGCUUUCAAUCCGAAGUAUCUCACCAGCCGCGACUUGUUCGAGCUAGAGAUCAGCGACUUGUCAUUUCGGAGGCAUAUCCUGGUUCAGACCUUCAUCAUCACCGAAUUCUUGCUCUAUCUCUCCCCCAAGGCAAAAGAAAAGCUGGCCUCUAUCAAGACGCCGAACAAGUCGGUGAUGUAUCUCGACCAAGUUCUGAGUGACGAGGAUGUCAAAUGGGCAAUGGACAUGAAGAGAACCGUCGAGGAUAGUCUCAAAUUUGGUGAUGACGGUCCCCAAUUCCACCGGAUGGUCGAUACUGUUCUUGCCAGGGACAAGAACUGGGUCCGUUGGAAGGCCGGGAACUGCCCGUCGAUCGAACUGCCGCCUCUGCCAGCGCAAACAUGGGCUACUGCACAGGAAGAGCUCCAUCGCCUGUGUCGAAACAAGCGUUUGCGCCCGCCCAUGGGUUCCCUCCCCCUUAAUUUUAUGGAGGACGGCGAUGACCAACAAGCGCUGGCGAGGCUCAAGGCUGCCGGCAGGUAUGAGCUUCCGGAACUCGACAGCUUUAGACGAAAGAUCGCGGACGAUGAUUUCGAGAUUGAAAUGCCCACGAGCGAGGAAUCGAAAGCAGCGGCUAUCGAGGCCAAGGCAAGCAAAAGCUGGCGGGCAUUGCGAAUCGCGGCGAAGACGAAACUUGGACUCUUUGAUAAGAUCAGCGAUCCCGAGAAAAUUGAUCCCAUCUUCGAAGAACUGGAAGACCCCGAUGCCGACCCCGUUGAUGCUGAGGAUGUUGUCCAGAAGGACAAUGUACCCAAGGAUCAGCGACCCAUCGUCAUCACGGGCCCAUCGGGUGUUGGGAAGACAGUUAUGACGAAUCUCCUGGCGGAGCGGCGUCCGGGCGCAUUCGUUCGGGUAGGCCGACACACAACACGAAAGCCCCAAGAAGGAGAAAUAGGGGGGGAACACUUUCACUUCAUCGAAAAGCAGGCCUUCGGCAUGCUGAGGGACGGGGACGUCCUUUUGGAGUACACUACCGCGGGAGACGUCGACUACGGCACGAGUCGAAAAGUCGUCGAGGGCAUCACGAACGGCGGCAAAGUGCCGGUACUCCACUUGGAUCAAGAGGGGACUCGGCAAGUCCGGGACUUGGGCUUCGAUGCGCGCUUCGUCCUCCUUCUCCCGCCCAGUAAGGAGGUCAUGGAGGAGCGGCUAAAGAAGGCCGGUAAUAAAGACGAUGACAGCAUUCAGUCCCUGCUGAAAGCCGCAACCCCUUAUCUGGCCGACGACUCGAAUCUGAAAGAAGGUUGCGAUCUCGUCCUCGUCAACGAUGAGCUGGAGACUACUUGCACGAAUCUCGAGAAGUUUAUCUUCGGCGCCAGUCCGACAGAAGAAGAUCAGAAUGACGGCCAAAACGGGGAAAGCGAUAGAUCAUCCCAGAGCCUCGCGUAAAAUGAUCAUGAACGAAAUCCGGCGUCCCGGGCUGCCGGAAUUGGCGGAAUGGCCGAGGAGCCAAGCCGGCUGAAGCUGCUGCUGCCAUUGCGAUAGAUGCCCCUUUAGAAAUAGAGGCGGCGGCGAGCGGCGGUGACGGCACCGACGCAACGUUACAGUUGGCGAAGAAGUAGCUGAGGUAGUGGAGGAACAACAGCCGAUAGAGGCAUAAGCGAAUACGAAUACGGAUACUCGACGACCCGAACGGUGAUUCUCGACCCGUGAAGCUAUAGCGAGGUACCCUGGGAUUUCAGACAUGGUGAGGGCAAGCAUUGGGAGACAUCGUGAUAACAGCAUACAUAGCUCAGGAGAUAGACAAGGAAGAGUUGAUACCCUUUUACCGGCGUCCCUUGCGACUCAACAUUAAUUCAAUGCGUUGUUACCGUCAAGUUCCUGUUUGAAUGCUAUUUAUUUGGUUACUCUCGCCGCCGCUGAAGU